GCAUUAUUGAGCUCUCUCCCACCCCACCGCCCGCCACAAACGCUGGAACAUAGCCAGUUUUUCUUUCCCGUUUCCCUACUUCGACAUCCUUCUGGCUGAGCUAAUGGCUGGCUCUCUGACCUCCGAUUCCUCCAGAACACUCUCCGCGGCAAACAACCCCCCCCACUCCGCCAUGAAUGGCUCUUCCUCCUCAUUAUUAAUAAAGGCUCUGUCGAACAGCCAGCAUGAAUUCUUGCAACCCAAAUCCUCACUACAUAGUGCUGCCUUAGUGCUUGCGAAAAAAUACCUUGACCCACUGGCGGCGAGUGUGGCGGGUGGAAAAAAAAGUGAGGUUCUGGAGAAAAUUUAUCUGGAUGGAUUCGAUGUUGAUCAGGUCUGGGAACAGGCGAGGCUUGUUGUGGACGCUGUUGAAAGCGGGGUUGGUGAGGGCAAGGGCGUUUCCUGGGGUGUUAAUGGUGAUGCGAAAGGUGGGGAGUUGGCAAAUGGGAAGAAGAGGAAGGCUGUUGCGUUUGAGGAGGAUAUCGACAGUGCUAGUGGAACCAGUAGUCAGAGUGAUAGUGAAGAGGAUGAGGAAGUAGAUGACGAUGAAGACCUAGGCGAGGAGGAAUACGAAGAGCCUAUGGAUGAGGAUGGUGGAAUUGCCCUCCCCGAUGAUGACGACGACGAGGAGGGCAUCGAGGAAGACUCAGAGGAGGGGGGGGAGGAGUUUGUUCAAGAUGUUCACGGGCUCAAUGAUGGUUUCUUCUCAAUUGAUGACUUCAACCGUCAAACUCGAUUGCUCGAAAUGCAGGAUGAACGUGGGGAGCUUGGGUCUGAUGAGGAGGAGAUUGACUAUGACGCCGACCCAGACCAAUUGGCCGACAAUGACGAAGUUGAAGACGAAGGUGGGAUUGUCACUGUUGGGAACGACGACUACGAUGAGGAAGACGGGGACCUGCAUGACAGCUACGAUAAUUCGAACGGGAUAAUGUACCAAGACUUCUUUGCCCCACCCGCCAAAAAGGGAUCCAAGAAGCGUCUUUCAAAAGUGUCGAAACCUUGGAACCAACGGACUAAAAGGUUGGAAGAGGAAUUGGAGAGAGAGGGUUCUAAUAUUGAGUCUGAGAUGGCCCGGGUACGCCGUGAUCUGUUCGAUGAUGACGUGUCAGAAGAAGGCUCGGAUUUUGAUAUGGAUGAUGACCUAGCGAAUCCCAUAAGUCAUCGGUCAACACACGAGAAACGCCAGGCUACUAUUAUCGAACAAAUCCGUCAACUCGAAGCUGCGAACGUUGCAAAAAAGCAGUGGACUCUUGCCGGAGAAGCUAGAUCUACAACUAGACCUCUUAACUCGCUCCUGGAGGAGGAUUUGGACUUUGAACGGGCUGGAAAACCGGUCCCCGUGAUCACCCAGGAAGUCACGGAGGAUUUGGAGGAGAUGAUCAAGCGAAGAAUCAUCGCUUCUGAUUUUGAUGAAGUGAUCCGAAGACGACCUGAUGACAUCUCAUCUCGCUUCCGCAGAGGCAGAAUUGAGUUGGACGAUUCCAAACCCCAGCAAGGCCUAGCAGAGAUUUACGAAAGGGAACACCUUCAAAAGAUUGACCCCGAAAACAACCCGGAUAUUAAGGAUGAGAAAUUGGCGGAAGCUCACCGGGAAAUUGGGGAACUUUUCUCUGAUGUUUCUCGAAAACUCGAUGCCCUUAGCAGCUGGCACUUCACCCCCAAACCUCCCAAGCCUGCCAUUUCUAUCGUUGUUGAUGCUCCUGCUAUCUCCAUGGAGGAGGCUCAACCAAGUGCUGUUGAUGGUGGUGCCCUAGCCGCCAACAUUUCUAUGCUCGCACCACAGGAAGUCUAUGCUCCCCAGAAAGGCAGGGCGGUAGCAACCAUCGGCGAAGGCGGCGGUAGAGAGAUUGUGGGCAAGAGCGGAGCUCCGGUUUCAACAAGAGAAAUGACUAGGGAGGAUAAGCAGAGACGGAGAAGGAGGGAGAAGGAGAAAAUCAAGAAACGGAAUCUAGGCGAAGGGAAUAAAGGUGGGGAGGUCAAAGAGGGAAGCAGGAAGGACGUUAGGAACAGCCUUAGGAAGGGUCGUGUUAAGGUUAUUGGAGAGGGCGGCGAGAAACGGGAUGUGGAUGGCAAUUUAGUCAAGGAUAAGGGGGGGGGUACAAAAAGUAGUUUUUUAAAAUUGUAAUUGUGAAAAGUGGUUACGGUAUUCGGUUGGUGUUUGUUAGCUUCUUGGAUUUAGGUUACCGGUACCUUCACGGAAUUUCACUCGGGCCGUGCGUUUUUGCUCUCUUGGAAUUAUGAUUGGUUGUUGGCGUAUUAAGAUGAAGACACCACCUCUAAGUUAGCUAUAGUAUCAGCGGGCUUGGAUUUGGCUUUGGAAUUCAUUUUAUUUUGAGA